AUGUAUUCUGUUGAUAAAAUCCAAGUUUUUAUUCGCGUAAGACCACAAAUUAAGUCUAAUAAAGUUGGCAGCCAAAUUAUUACUAAAGUGGAUAAAGAAAAAAAUCAAAUUAAUAUAUCUGGCAACAAAAUAUAUUAUUUUGACAAAAUUUUUGAUACUCCAUCAAAAAAAAAUGAAUUGUUUCAUUUUUCUGGAGUUCCUUUUAUCAAAAAUAUCAUCAAAGGAUAUGAUGCUACUAUAUUAGCAUAUGGCCAAAGUGGUUCUGAGGAAAAAGAAAAAGAAUUACCAGUUUCAUCAUUUCAAGUAUCAGUUUCAUUUUUGGAACUUUACAAUGAUGAAAUAAAUGAUUUACUUUUAUCAGAUAAAUCAUCAUCUUCAAAUGAAAAAUUGAAAAUUACUAGAAAUAAAGAGGGAAAAAUUGAGGUUAAUGGACUUUUAAAGAAGAAUGUUGAAGAUGCUCCAACUGCCUUUAAAAUUUUCAAUUCUGGAAUUAAUAAAAGGUGUGUUGGAGCAACUGACUUAAAUGCUGAAUCUUCACGAUCUCACAUAAUAUUUUCCCUCUAUUUAACUCAAAUAAAUGAAAAAAUGGGAUUGAAAGAUGGUGUUACUGAAGUAUUAACUUCAAAAUUCAAUUUUGUCGAUCUGACUGGUACAGAAAGACUUAAAAGAACAAAUGGUGAAGGAAAUACAGCAAAAGAAGGCAAAAAUAUCAAUAAUUGCCUAUUGCAUCUGGAAAAUGUUAUCUCUGCACUUUCUUGCAAAGAUCAACAUAUUCCCUAUAGAAACUCAAAAUUAACGCAUCUGCUACAGGAUUCAUUAGGUGGAAAUUCAAAAACACUAAUGAUUGCGUGUAUUUCUCCAAGUAACGAAGAUUUAUGUGAAAUCAUAUCAACAUUAAAUUAUGCAAGUAGAGCAUAA